AUGAGGGUGUCCAACAAACGUUUGGGUAUGACUUGGGGUCUCAUGGCUGCCCUUGAGGCAAGCCUGGCCUCAGCUCAGUCGGUCUCUAAACCGCCAAACUUCUUGUUCAUCAUGGCGGAUGAUAUGGACUUGAAGAUGGACUCUCUUUCGUAUAUGCCUUUGGUAACGAAGCAUAUGCAGGAGAAGGGAAUGUCCUUCGACAACCACUUCGUUACCACGGCCCUGUGUUGUCCUUCGCGGGUCAGCCUUCUGACUGGACGGCAAGCCCACAACACCAAUGUGACGGACGUGCACCCCCCAUGGGGUGGAUAUCCCAAGUUCAUCAGCCAGGGAUUCAACGACAACUAUCUUCCCGUCUGGAUGCAGCAGGCUGGGUACGAUACCUACUACACCGGCAAGCUGAUGAACGCGCAAUCUCUGGAGAAUUAUGAUAAGCCGCAUGCCGCGGGAUUCAACGGCUCGGACUUCCUGUUGGAUCCGUACACCUAUGACUACAUGAACGCCACUUAUCAGCGUAACCACGACUUGCCUGUCAGCUACCUUGGCCGUCACACCACCGAGGUCCUGACCGAGAAAGCCAUGGGCUUCCUGGAAGAUGCUCUUGCCGGCGAGCGUCCGUUCUUCCUCACCGUGACUCCGAUCGCUCCUCACUCCAACAUGAACGGAACUUACGGGGCCGGAGCGGGUCCGCUGUGGAUGGAUGAGCCCAUUCCCGAGGAGCGCCACAAGCAUCUCUUUCCCGAAGCCAAGGUCCCGCGCACGGCCAACUUCAACCCCAAGGAACCCACUGGUGUCAGCUGGAUUCAUGACCUUCCUUACCGUAACCAAUCCGUGGUCGACUACAAUGACCACUACUACCGACAGCGACUUCGAGCCCUGCAGGGCGUCGAUGAACUUGUCGAUUCUCUUAUCACCCGCCUGGAGGCCAGCGCCGAGAUCGACAACACGUAUAUCAUCUACACGUCCGACAAUGGAUUCCACAUCGGUCAGCACCGGUUGCCUCCGGGUAAGACCUGCGCCUUUGACGAGGACAUCCGCGUGCCGUUCUUCAUCCGUGGCCCCGGAAUUCCGGAGGGCCACAAGCAGGAUAUCGUGACCACCCACAUCGACCUUGCUCCGACCUUGUUCUCCUUGGCGAGUCUCCCACUUCGCGAGGAUUUCGACGGAACCCCGAUGCCGAUUGCUGAUGUCGAGGGAACCCUGCACGAGCACGUGGCGGUUGAGUACUGGGGUCAGGCGAUGCUGGAGGGUGGUCUUUCGAACCUGGGCACACCCACCGUCCCCAACAACACCUACAAGGCCGUCCGCAUUCUCAGCCAAGAGUACAACCUCUUCUACUCUGUCUGGUGCAACAACGAGCAUGAGCUCUACGAUCUUAGUACCGAUCCCUACCAAGUCAACAACCUCCACCCCCAUGUCGCGACCACCAACACUACGAUCCUGGGCUACGAGAUCCCGACGGUGAUCGAUCGGCUGGACGCUUUGUUGCUGGUCCUGAAAUCCUGCAAGGGUCGCACGUGCAUCAAGCCGUGGGAGGUCCUGCAUCCGGAUGGGUCGGUCCAGAACCUGCUGGAGGCCAUGGAUGCCAAGUAUGAUGAAUUCUAUCACACUCAGUACAAGGUAUCGUAUGAUCGGUGUGAGUAUGCGUAUGUGAUUGAUGCCGAGGGACCGCAGACGGCAUUGGCAUACAGGAACGGGUAUUCUUUGGACCAGUGGAUUUGA